GCCAUGAGCUGCCGCAUUCAGAGCUCCUCUGCCAGCUAUGGAGGUGGUUUCGGGGGUGGCUCCUGUCAGUUGGUAGGAGGCCGCGGUGGCUCUGCCUCCUAUGUGUGUGGGGGCUCCUCUGGGGGCUAUGGGGGCGGCAUGAGCUGUGGCUUCGGAGGUGGAGCUGGUAGUGGUUUUGGGGGUGGCUUUGGAAGUGGCUUUGGUGGUGGCUUCUGUGGAGGUUUUGGUGGCGACUUUGGGGGUAGCGAUGGCGGCCUCCUCUCGGGCAAUGAGAAGAUCACCAUGCAAAACCUCAACGACCGCCUGGCCUCCUACCUGGAGAAGGUGCGUGCCCUGGAGGCGGCCAAUGCCGAGCUGGAGGUGAAGAUCCGUGACUGGCACAUGAAACAGAGCCCCAGCAGCCCCGAGCGUGACUACAGCCACUACUACAAGACUAUUGAGGAACUUAGGGAGAAGAUCCUGGCAGCCACCAUCGAUAACAACCGAGUCAUCCUGGAGAUUGACAAUGCCCGGCUGGCAGCUGAUGACUUCAGGCUGAAGUAUGAGAAUGAGCUGACCCUGCGCCAGAGCGUGGAGGCCGACAUCAAUGGCCUGCGUAGGGUGCUGGAUGAACUGACCCUGACCAAGACAGACCUAGAAAUGCAGAUUGAGAGCCUGAAUGAGGAACUGGCCUACAUGAAGAAGAACCACGAGGAGGAGAUGAAGGAGUUCAGCAACCAGGUUGUCGGCCAAGUCAACGUGGAGAUGGAUGCCACCCCGGGCAUUGACCUCACCCGCAUGCUGGCAGAGAUGAGGGAACAGUACGAGGCCAUGGCUGAGAAGAACAGACGUGAUGCUGAGGAAUGGUUCCACCAGAAGAGCGCAGAGCUGAACAAAGAAGUGUCCACCAGCACAGAGAUGAUCCAGACCAGCAAGACUGAAAUCACAGAACUGAGACGCACACUCCAGAGCCUGGAAAUUGAGCUGCAGUCUCAGCUCAGCAUGAAAGCCGGCCUGGAGAAUUCAGUGGCUGAGACCGAGUGCCGCUACGCCAUGAAACUGCAACAGAUCCAGGCGCUUAUCAGCAGCAUUGAGGCGCAGCUGAGCGAUCUCCGCAGCGAGAUGGAAUGUCAGAACCAGGAGUACAAGAUGCUGCUUGACAUCAAGACACGUCUGGAGCAGGAAAUUGCCACCUACCGCACCCUGCUGGAGGGCCAGGACUCCAAGUAG